AUGACGGCCUCAAGCUCGUCUUCGACGGUCAUGGAUCCCUAUCCGGCUGCCGUCCCCGAUCUCCUCGACGCUCUCCGCGCGCUGAGGAGGAACAACCCGAAAGCGACGAGGUCUAAUAUCCACAUCUAUCCCGCCAGGCUCUACGCCCCGAAUGAUCCCUCGCAGUCCGACAGGAGGCUAACCAGCUGGAAGAUGACUGAGCACAUGUACUUCCGGAAAGACAACGGCUUUCCUACCCUCGCGCGAGGUCUGUUCACCGAAGAGGUGCAGCCUGGGGCCGUGCCGGAGGCAGCUCUCGAGACUCUCGGAGACGAGUACGCGGAGCGUAUCGUUGCACGAGGAUACGACAAAUUCUUCAACAUUGACGAGAUGACUUGGACGACGUCGAACGGUUGUCUCAUCAUGAUCUCUGCCCUGUCACCGACGCAUCUUGUUGUGGCUUCUAAACACUCCCUGGGAACGACGACCGAGGAAGCCACUACGGUCGCGGAUGUCACUCAGAGCCUGAAAGACACAAAACUCGAUGACAAGAAGACCGAGGAAGCCAAGGACGAGUCGUCGGCACGUGCACACGCCGAAGUCGGUCGCGAAUGGGUUGCCCGCACCCUCAAGAAGAGCGGAAAGACGUGCGAGGAGUUGGCGCAGAGGCUUUGGGAUGAGAAUCUUACGGCCGUGCUGGAGCUCUGCGAUGAUUCGUUUGAGGAGCACGUUAUCGCGACGCCAGAAUACUGGACAGGUCUUCACCUCCACGGAUUGAAUUACAACCAGCCGCAUUUCAGCACGAAAUCGCCCGAGGACGUCACUGCUUUUGCCAACGAGUUUGGCUUCAUUCCGACCAAGCAUGUCACUCUGAACUCUGUCGCGGAGGUGCGCAAGUUUGCCAACGAGGUGGCAGAGACCGGCUCGUGGCAGGGAGACAUGAUCGAGGGUUUCGUCGUUCGCUCUACUGUCAAGGAAGUCGAGGGACACGAGAGCAGCAAGCCCCCGUACAGGCCCGGCGCGCCCUUCUUCUUCAAGAUCAAGUUUGAAGAGCCGUACCUUCUCUAUCGCCAGUUCCGAGAAACAACGCGUGCCAUGCUGCCUCUUAUGGACAAGAAGAUCACCCCAGUGAAGGAGGCCGAGAUUUGGAAGAAGGUGAAGGCGAAAACUCGCCGGCCGGAAGUGGGCGUUUACGCUGAGUGGUGCGCCGACAUGAUGAAGGAGGAGCCUUCCCUCUUCGCCAACUACGAGAGGGGAGUAGUUCGGGUUCGUGAGCGCUUCCUCAAGUGGAUCGAAGGAGACGGCAAGAAGACCUGGGAUCUUGCCCAGGCUGGAGAGUGGAAGGCUGGGAUGGACAAGGCUGCCGAGGCGAGCAAGGCUGCUCGGGAAGCGGAGCGAGAGUCGCUUCCCAAGAAGUGGGUCGUCGUCCCCGUUGCCGUCCCAGGAUGCGGCAAGACCACGCUCGGACUGGCUCUUGGGAAGCUCUUCGGCUUCGCUCACACCCAGUCCGACGACAUUCUCAGCAAGAAGACUGCUCCAACCUUCAAGAGGAACAUUGUCGAGCUGCUGAAGACAAACCACGUCGUCUAUGCCGACCGUAACAACCACAUUGACAAGCACUACAUCGAGCUGUCGGGACUGGCGGACGAAAAGACGUUUGCCAAGACGCUCAAGCCCUAUCAUGUCAAGUACAUCUUUGUCACCUGGAACAUUGACGACAAUCCGUUCCACAAGCUGCUCCGCUUAUGCUCGGAGCGCGUUGUGAACCGCGGCGAAAACCACCAGACUCUGCGCCCCGACCUGACAGUCGAGGCGGAGCAUGAGGCUGUGGUCGCCAACUUCUUGCACAACUUCACGACACCCAACCCCCUGUACUAUGAUGAGCAGAUUGUUGUGGACGUCGAGGACACGCCUCGAGCCGCGCUCGGCAAGGUCGUCGACUCUCUCGUGAAGAUCCUCGACCUUCCCCGUCCCUCCGAGGGAGACAUCGACGGCGCCCUGGCCGCCGUCUCGGACUACAAGGUCACAACCCCCUACCAUGCCCCGGCACGUGUCGGCAAGGCCGUACGCUACUUUGGUCUCGCCCCCGAGAUCGACAUCAACGCCGUCGUCGACGACGCCCUGCAGACUCCCAUGGCGCCAGCUGCCUCCGAGUCGGCAACCAAGUUCAUGACCUCGCUUCGCGAGAAGGGCCGCGUCACUCAGCGCCCUCACAUCACACUGUCGCAUAACAAGAACGUCGCGGCCGAGAAGGAGGCGGCAGAGGAGGGCGCCGCGCCUGGUCCCCAGCAGAUUGCCUGGGAGACGUGCACUGCGCUGGCUGAGGCGCGUAUCUCUCCGUUCUACGACUUUGACGUGACCCACCUCGCGUGGGACGACCGCACCAUGGCGCUCGUGGUCGGCAACCUCCGUCCCCAGGAGACCUCGGACCGCGAAAAGGGCGCCGCCCUCGUUCUGCCCGAGGAAGUUGAGAUCAACCUGCACGUCACGGUCGGCACGCAGAGCGAGGAGAUCUCCGCCUUCGAGUCCCGCGGCGUCGUGCGCACCGCCCGUGAAGCUAUUGCCAAGGGCGUGCAGAGUGGAGAGGGAGGAGAAUCGACCGAGGGAGGAGGCGCAGUGCACUGGGUCAAGGUCGGCCCGCUCAAGGGCUCUGGCCGCGUCAGGGGCAUGUACUGA